GCGGUGGAAGGAUAUUUAAUCAGUGGGAGUUCAGGCGGAAGGAGAUGUGGGCUUGGGAGCAAGAAACCCAUCACACAACGCCUUUUCCGCUUGUGCGAGCUUUCAGAACCCAGUUUCAGUCCUUGGUUGCCAAUCAACACUUACACAGAAAACCCAUACCUUUAACCCUAACCCCUCCCCUGAAUCCCCCCUGAACCGACAUCAAUCAUGGACAACACCUUCGGCUACACCGAGCCUGCCGUAAUCCAGACGGCCGAGGAGGAGAUAGAUGAGGUUUCUAGACCCGACAUCGCAUGGAUCCCGACAUUGAAGACGUUUAAAGACCGGGUUGAAAAUCUCCAGGCUCUCUAUCCCAACCGGCGCACCACCGUCCCCCCCGGAUGGCCUGCCGAAGCCGAUGCAGGCCGAGAUUGGUCCGGUGCCGACUUCCCGUCUGAAGACAACUAUGUCAUCCAUCUUAGUCCUGAAGACAUCGACGAGAUUGAAACCGCGCUUGCCUUCUUCAAAGCGCUGGAUGGCAGCCUCGGUCCAGAUGAUGUUCGCCCGGACACCUUCCCACUUCCCGACCUAUGCAACCGGCUCUUCGAGGCCUCGGAAAUAAUCCACAAUGGUCAGGGGUUCGUCGUGCUGCGCGGCCUGCAGCCAGACAACUACUCGUCCUUGGACAACAUCCUCCUCUACCUCGGCGUCACAAGCUACAUUGCCGAGAAGCGUGGGAUGCAGGACUUUGAUGGGCGGAUGAUUCUCCACAUCCAAGCCGUCGCGGAAGAUGUCAAGAAGCACGGCGCCAUGCCCAACUCGCCCUACGUCACUCGUGCGCAGCCCUUCCACACCGACAUCUGCGACGUACUUGCCAUGUACGCGCUGAACACAGCCGCCUACGGGGGCGAGUCCUACCUAGCCUCGUCGGCCAAGAUCUACAACGAGCUCGCCCGCACCCGCCCGGACAUCAUCGAAGUCCUGGCCAAGGAUGAUUGGAUCUUUGACGAAUUCUGGGAAGGCCAAUACCACACCCGCCCGCUGCUCUUCAACUUCCCCGGCCACGGCCCCGCCUUCCAAUUCUCCCGCCGACCCCUAACCGGCGCCCACUUCUCGCCGCACCACCCGGCCGUGCCGGCCAUGACGGAGCUGCAGGCCGAGGCGCUGGACGCCGUCUACUUCCUGGCCAAGGAGCACGCGGUGGAGGUGGCGCUGCAGAAGGGCGACAUGCUGGUGUUCAACAACUUCGCCAUGCUGCACGCGCGCAGCGGCUUCGCCGACGACGCCGCCGCCGGCCGCUCCCGCCACAUGCUCCGCCUCUGGCUGCGCAACGAGCGCCUCAUGUGGAAGACGCCGCCCGCGCUCGAGCGGAUUAGUUGGGAGUGCUACGGCGACCACGAGUGGCGCCGCGAGCUGAGCGUGUGGGAUAUCGAGAGCAGCCCGCCCGAGUUGAGGGUUAAGCAUCGCCGGGCGAGCUGUGCUUGAGAGGGGAGGGGUGUUUGGGGUUUUUUUUUUUUUUUGG